AUGGAAAGGAAUCAUCCUCACCAUCGUCAACAACCUCAUGGUGGUUUCUUCAACGUAUUCUCUGAAAAUCAUAUUUCUAAAGGUUUGCAGGAAUCAUCAUCAUCAUCAUCUUCUCCUGCUCCUCCGAACUUCACAGUUUCUACUGAGUUAUCUCUUUCUUCUUCCUUCUCCUCCUCGGUAGCCUCCUCCAAAACCAGAACCAGAGGUACCCAUCAGUAUUUUUCCAAGAGAAAUAGUAAUAACAGAGAGAGAAAAGCAUCAUAUCCUCCUUAUAACUAUUUCUUUACGAAGAAAGAAGAAAGGCAUCAUGAGAGCAAUAUCAGCCAGUCAUCUUAUGGCCGCUGCUCUACUGCUUUGAGGCUUUACGAUGACCCAUGGAAGAUCAAGAAGGUUCUGACAACCAGCGACCUCGGGAAGCUGAAUAGGCUAAUGUUGACCUCGGAAAAUUCGAUGGAGGACCUGGUAGUUUCAUUGAUGGGAAGUAAUAACAACAAUAACAGUAAGAGUGAGGAAUUACUGAUAAGGGGAAGGCCAGUGAGGGUGUGGGAUUUAGAAACCAAGUCCAUGCACCAGCUGGUUCUGAAGCAAUGGGCUUCCAUCAAGAACUACGUCCUGAUAGGAAACUGGAAUCAAGACUUUGUGAAGAGGAGGAACUUGAAGAAAGGAGAUGAGAUUGGCCUUCAAUGGGAUCCCUACAACUUCUGCUUUAAUUUCUCCGUUCUCAAGCGAUUAUCAGUUAUGGCGGAGUAA